AUGCUAACGGCCAGGAAAGACUUCAUUGGCAGAGAUGCCCUCGCUGCAAGCCCAGAGCCCGCGAGACGAUUAGUGCACCUGGCUGUUACCAGUCCGGAAGGUGUUGACUGCGUCGGCAAUGAGUCCAUCUUCAACUCUGUCACAGGAGAAGUUGUGGGCUUCACAACAAGUGGUGGGUACGGCUACCUUGCAGAGCAGAGCAUCGCCUUCGGCUAUGUGUCCUCCGCUGCGUUAGAGUCUGGAGUGCCUCUGGCCAUCGAGGUCAUUGGUCAGCUGUGUGAAGCAAAGGUGCAAGAAGGGGCUUUCCCGGUCAAGCAGGCGGGUGGCGAUUCGCUGAAGGUUGAGCAGGCUGCGGGCUCCACAGCCAGGCCGAGUCUCUGA